GUGAAAAUAAAAAAAAAAAAUUCAGACGCGCAGAAAAUCUCUCGAGAAGCAGUACUUAGUAACAAAAACUUACCAGUCUUUAUAUUUUAGUCGCCUAUGAUUGGUUAGGAUAUAUGGCUCAUUUGACGUUUACAUCCUGAUAGAAAAAUGACACACCUCGGAUUAGAAAGGCCAUGAUGUUCGAAUGUGGUUCUGGUCAUGGAGAAAAGAAUCGAUGCACCAGAAGUGCAACAACCUCUCCCUUUUCAGAGUGUCGCUGCUAGCGCUGAGGACAAAGAAUGUGAAACGGAUGCAGCCAAAAAUGGGAAAGCAGUGGGAUUCGUGCUGGUACAUGCAGGGGCUGGUUACCACUCUGAAUCCAAAGCAAAGGAAUACAAACACGCCUGUAAAAGAGCUUGUCAAAAGGCAAUUGAAAAACUGAAGGCUGGCGCACUUGCUGUCGAUGCAGUAACAGCAGCACUUGUAGAGCUGGAGGAUUCUCCUUUUACCAAUGCAGGGAUGGGCUCCAAUUUAAACCUUUCAGGGGAGAUUGAGUGUGAUGCCAGCAUUAUGGAAGGGAAGUCCUUACAUUUUGGAGCUGUCGGCGCCCUUGGUGGAAUAAAGAAUCCAGUCUUGGUUGCAAACAGACUAUUGAGUGAAUCCCAGAAAGGGAAACUGUCAGCUGGCAGAAUUCCUCCAUGCUUUUUAGUUGGAAGAGGAGCAUAUCAGUGGGCACUAGACCAUGGAAUACCACCGUGUCCUUCUGACAAAAUGGCUACAAAGUUUAGUUUAUCAGCAUAUAAGAGGAACAAACGGAAGAUGGAGCUGGCAGAGAAGGUGGAAACAGAGUUUAUUCAGACAAAGAGAAGAAGACAAUCAAGUGAAAACGAAAAUGACUCAGGUUCUUUGGAUACUGUUGGGGCAAUAGUCAUUGAUCAUGAAGGGAAUGUUGCAGCUGCUGUUUCCAGUGGGGGCUUAGCAAUGAAGCAUCCAGGAAGAAUUGGUCAGGCGGCUCAUUAUGGUUGUGGUUGCUGGGCUGAAAAUUCAGGGAACGUGAAUCCGUAUUCCACAGCUGUGAGUACUUCAGGUUGUGGAGAGCACCUUGUUCGAACCAUGUUAGCCCGAGAAUGUUCAAUUGCCUUGCAGUCUGAAGAUGCUCACCAUGCCUUGCUGGAGACUAUGCAAAAUAAGUUUAUUAGCUCACCCUUCUUAGCCAGUGAAGACUGUGUUCUUGGCGGUGUGAUAGUUCUUCGAUGCUGCCGAUGCACUUUGGAGUCCUCACAGGAUAUUCAAGCCUUCUUAGUGGAAUUCCUUUGGAGCCAUACGACAGAGAGCAUGUGUGUUGGGUACAUGUCAGCUCAAGAUGGGAAAGCCAAGACUCACAUUUCAAGACUUCCUCCUGGAGCUGUCGCGGGACAGUCGCUUGCCAUUGAGGGAGGGGUGUGCAGGCUGGGGAGCCCCAUAAACUGAACCCAGCAGACUGGUGUAAGAGCAAUAUGUACGGUCCCCGAGUGCCGGCACGCUGAUAAACUUUAGUGUUUUAACAGGUGUCUUGGGGAGUUGUAAAUAUUCUGAUCUUUAGUGCACUAUGACUUAAUAUGCUGCUGUACACUAAAACCCUAGUUGUAUGCUGCUUUUUGUUUGGGUAGAAAUUAAGCAACUCCCACCUCUAGUUUACAUGAAGGUAAACUUGGUGUUUCACACAGGAGCUUCUUUUUUGUGUGUAAGCACCGUACUUGCCAUAUAAUAUAUGAUAGUGUAAUAGCGUGGGUUCUCACUGAUCCUUUUUUUUUUGCUUAAUAUUUUUAUUUACUUUUGAGUCUGUUACUAAAAUGUUAUGAUAGAGAUAUAACAUUCUGACCAUGUCCUAACAUGGCAAAAAAGUGUAAAUGUGCACAUGGUGUUAUUUUUCUUUUACAAUGUAUGUUGUUUGGACUUUGUAUGACUGUCAGGAGGAAAUAUUCUGUUCCGUCAUUUAAAAAAGAUUGUAAUAUUUUUUAUUGGAUUUGAUUGUUAUUAGGUACACCUUAUAUUGUGUUAAUUAAUCCUAAUCCAAAACUUAAUUUCAUCUUUUCAUUGUAUGCAUGACUCAUUCUGACCACCUUGUAAACAUUGGCAUCCUUCAAGUGAUUAUUCUGCAAGGUUUAGCCAUCUCAAUCCAUUAACAAUGUAUGAGCAUGUCAAUAAAUGCAUUGGACUACA